AUGAGUGCCCCCUCGCUUAACAAGAUCGCGGCAAACAGCCCGUCCCGCCAGAACCCGUCGGAUCUGGAGCGCGCGAUUGCCGGCGCUCUGUACGAUCUCGAGACCAACACUGCCGACCUCAAGGCCGCCCUCCGGCCGCUGCAGUUCGUCUCGGCCCGUGAGAUCGAAGUCGGCCACGGCAAGAAGGCGAUUGUCAUCUUUGUCCCCGUUCCUGCUCUGCAGGGCUUCCACCGCGUCCAGCAGCGCCUCACUCGUGAGCUCGAGAAGAAGUUCUCGGACCGCCACGUGCUGAUCCUCGCUGCUCGCCGCAUCCUGCCGAAGCCCAAGCGCUCGGCCCGCUCGCGCAACACCCUUAAGCAGAAGCGCCCGCGCUCGCGUACCCUCACCGCCGUGCACGAUGCCAUCCUGACCGACUUGGUCUACCCCGUCGAGAUCGUCGGCAAGCGCCUGCGCACCAAGGAGGACGGCUCCAAGGUCCUCAAGGUCAUCCUGGACGAGAAGGAGCGCGGCGGCGUCGACUACCGCCUUGACACCUACUCAGAGGUCUACCGCCGCCUGACCGGCCGCAACGUCACCUUCGAGUUCCCCCAGACCACCAUUACUGAUUACUAA